UUCCAAUUUUGACUCCUCCCCGCUUGUCGUCUCCAUCUCCUCACCACACCUACCGUUCGCUUUCUUCUCCUCCUUCUUCGUGCCGGACUUCACCAACUCUCUACUCCAUCAGCCACAAAUCGACCCGAAUCGUCUCGUUCUGGGCAGUUCAGUCCCACCGAGGGAAGAGGACAGGCUGAUGGGGAAGCCGGCGAAGAUAGCGCCGUCUAUGCUGUCCUCGGACUUCGCCAAUUUGGCCUCGGAGGCUCAGCGGAUGCUCGACUGCGGCGCCGAUUGGCUCCACAUGGACAUUAUGGAUGGGUAAGUUCUCAUGCUACGCACUGAUAGCUGUCGAAAUUAUCUUCAUAAAAACAAUAUGGCAUUUUGUUCCUAAUCUGACUAUUGGGGCACCAGUCAUCAAGAGCUUGCGGAAGCAUACAAAGGCAUAUUUGGAUUGCCACCUUAUGGUCACCAAUCCUCUCGAUUAUGUUGAACCUUUAGGGGACGCUGGUGCUUCUGGUUUUACAUUUCAUAUUGAGGUAACAAAAGAAAAUUGGCAAGAACUUGUUGAAAGGAUUAAGUCAAAGGGCAUGAGACCUGGUGUGUCACUAAGGCCAGGAACCCCCAUCGAAGAGGUUUACCCACUGAUUGAAAGUGCAAAUCCAGUGGAGAUGGUACUAGUCAUGACUGUAGAACCUGGAUUUGGAGGACAAAAGUUCAUGCCAGAAAUGAUGGAUAAGGUUCGUACCCUGAGAAAGAAGUACCCAUCCCUUGACAUUGAGGUGGAUGGUGGUCUGGGGCCUUCGACCAUUGAUAUGGCGGCAUCUGCAGGAGCAAACUGCAUCGUUGCUGGGAGUUCAGUCUUUGGAUCACCCAAGCCAGCCGAAGUUAUCUCUGCAAUGAGGAAGGCUGUUGAUGAAGCCCCGAGAAUCGUUUGAUCCUGUUUCCACACCAUUGGCAUUCAAAUAGAUCCUGUUUCCAUACCAUUGGCGUUCAAAUUAAGAGUAUUACAAAAGGAAUUUUUUUUUUUGACAAAGUAUUAUCAUGUACAAACAGUUAUAUUUAUUAUGGGGAAGCAAUGGAAGGCUUCGAUGUUUUGCAUUAUUGAUUUCCCAAUGGCGGGAGAAUAUCAAUACGGAAUGUAAUGUCUUCGAA